AUGGCAGAAGGUGCAGAUGGAGAGGAAGAGAUUCAGUUCCUGCGAACGGAUGAUCAAGUGGUGCUACAGUGCACUGCAGCUAUUCUGAAGGAGCAGAUCAAGCUGUGUCUGUCCUGUGAAGGAUUCGGGAAUCGUCUGUGUUUCCUCGAGACCACCUCAAAUGCUCAGAAUGUCCCUCCAGACCUCGCUAUCUGCUGCUUCAUUUUGGAGCAGUCCCUGUCUGUACGGGCCUUACAGGAGAUGCUGUCCAACACUUCUGUGGAUGAGGCUGUUGAUUUGGACAAAUGGUCAUCCCAAGGUGGAGGCCAUCGAACCCUGCUGUACGGACAUGCCAUCCUCCUCAAGCACACUCACUCCAGCAUGUACUUGAGCUGUUUGACGACUUCGCGCUCACUGACGGACAAAUUGGCUUUUGAUGUGGGCUUGCAGGAAGACUCCACAGGGGAGGCCUGCUGGUGGACCAUCCACCCAGCCUCCAAACAAAGGUCAGAAGGAGAGAAGGUCAGGGUGGGAGAUGACCUCAUUCUCGUCAGUGUUUCUUCAGAGAGAUACCUGCAUCUGUCCUAUGCCAGUGGUGACUUGAUGGUAGAUGCCUCGUUCAUGCAAACACUGUGGACCAUGACCCCCGUGAUGUCUGGAUGUGAGCUAGCUGAAGGUUUUCUGACUGGUGGCUAUGUGCUCCGACUUUUCCACGGUCACAUGGAUGAAUGUUUGGCAAUUCCUGGAGCUGACCAAGGAGAUGACCAGCGCAGAGUUGCUCAUUAUGAAGGAGGGGCCGUAUGCAGUCAUGCUAGGUCUUUGUGGAGACUUGAGCCACUUCGCAUCGCUUGGAGCGGAGGACAUAUUAAAUGGGGCCAGUCUUUCCGGAUACGUCACAUCACAACAGGCAGAUACCUUCUUCUGGAUGAAGAGAAAGGGCUGUUGUUGGUGGAUGCAGAGAAGGCAAAUUCUAAGAUGUCUGCUUUCUGCUUCAGAAUUUCAAAGGAAAAAAUCGAAGUGAUACAAAAGCGAGAUGUGGAAGGCAUGGGCAUACCGGAAAUAAAGUAUGGAGAGUCCAUGUGCUUUGUGCAGCAUGCUUCAUCUGGCCUGUGGCUUACAUAUGCUGCAGUUGAUGCCAAAUCUGCUCGUCUGGGUCCACUAAAGAGAAAGGCCAUUCUCCAUAAAGAAGGUCACAUGGAUGAUGCACUCACAGUGGCUCGAUCUCAGACAGAAGAGUACCAAGCUGCAAGAAUGAUUUACAGCACGACAGGCCUCUUCAACCAGUUCAUCAAAGGUCUGGAUGCUCUAAAUGGGAAAAACAAAUCUUCCAACCCCCAAUCUCUGCCCAUGGACACCGUGGUUCUCUCCCUGCAGGAUCUCAUCUUCUACUUCAGACCCCCCGAGGAGGAGCUGGAACAUGAGGACAAACAAUUCAAGCUCCGCUCCCUGAAAAACAGACAGAACCUCUUCCAGGAAGAGGGAAUGAUUACUCUCGUCCUGGACUGUGUUGAUCGCCUUAAUGUCUACAACACUGCAGCCCACUUCUCAGAGUACGCUGGAGAGGAAGCUGCAGAGUCGUGGAAGGAGAUAGUGAAUUUACUCUAUGAACUUCUAGCUUCUCUGAUCCGAGGUAAUCGUGCCAACUGUGCCCUGUUCUGUGAUAACCUGGACUGGCUGGUCAGUAAACUGGAUCGUUUGGAGGCAUCUUCAGGAAUCCUGGAGGUGUUGUAUUGUGUGCUGAUUGAGAGUCCGGAGGUGCUGAAUAUCAUCCAGGAGAAUCACAUCAAAUCCAUCAUCUCUCUGCUGGAUAAGCAUGGACGCAAUCACAAGGUCUUGGAUGUGCUCUGUUCUCUGUGCGUGUGUAACGGGGUGGCAGUGAGGUCCAAUCAGAAUCUCAUCACAGAGAAUCUACUUCCAGGUCGUGACCUCUUACUUCAAACCAACAUCAUCAACUAUGUUACCAGCAUGAGACCCAACAUUUUCCUGGGAACUUGUGAGGGAUCUACUCAGUAUAAGAAGUGGUAUUUCGAGGUGAUGGUGGACCAUGUGGAGCCAUUCCUUACAGCUCAGCCUUAUCACCUGCGUGUGGGCUGGGCUCUAACCGAGGGCUACAGUCCUUACCCUGGUGGAGGAGAAGGCUGGGGGGGCAACGGUGUCGGAGAUGACCUAUACUCCUACGGUUUUGAUGGGCUUCACCUCUGGUCAGGUCGUGUUCCACGUCAUGUUGCCACGCCCAAUCAGCACCUCCUGGCGGCAGAGGACGUGGUUAGCUGCUGUUUGGAUCUGAGCGUGCCCAGCAUUUCCUUCCGUAUCAAUGGUCAUCCUGUUCAGGGCAUGUUUGAAAACUUCAACCUGGACGGCCUGUUCUUCCCAGUUGUCAGCUUCUCUGCAGGCAUCACGUUGCGAUUUCUUCUUGGAGGUCGUCAUGGGGAUUUCAAGUUUCUCCCCCCUCCAGGCUACGCGCCGUGCUAUGAAGCAGUUCUGCCCCGGGACCGUCUGCGGAUUGAGCCCAUAAAGGAGUAUAAGCAUGAUUACGACGGUGUCCGCAACCUGUUGGGCCCGACUCAGUCGCUCUCACAUACGGCCUUCACUCCUUGCCCUGUGGACACCAUACAGAUUGUGCUUCCUCCUCAUUUGGAGCGCAUUCGAGAGAAGCUUGCAGAAAAUAGCCACGAGUUAUGGGCUGUUACUCGGAUUGAACAAGGGUGGACCUUUGGACCGUUUCGUGAUGACAACAAGAAGCUGCACCCCUGCCUGAUAGAUUUUCAGGGUCUGCCUGAACCAGAGAAGAACUACAACUUAGCAAUGUCCGGGGAGACACUUAAGACUCUACUGGCACUAGGCUGUCAUGUAGGGAUGGGAGAUGAGAAAGCAGAGGAGAAUCUAAAAAGGACCAAACUCCCCAAAACUUUCAUGCAGAGUAAUGGAUAUAAGCCAGCCCCUCUGGACCUAAACUAUGUCAAGCUGACUCCUAACCAGAACACUCUAGUGGAGAGACUGGCAGAAAACGGACACAACGUCUGGGCAAGAGACAGAGUUCGUCAGGGAUGGACAUACAGUAUUGUGCAGGAUAUAACGAACAAGCGCAAUCCCCGUUUGGUCCCUUACAACCUACUGGAUGAAAAGACUAAAAAGACCAACAGAGACACGGUUUGUGCAGCUGUUCGCACUCUCCUCGGAUAUGGUUACAACAUAGAGCCGCCUGACCAGGAGAGCAGCGAGCAAGGAUCAGGCAGCUCCCGUGGAGAUAAGAUCAGAGUGUUCAGAGCAGAGAAAUCUUACGUCAUCACUCAGGGGAAGUGGUACUUUGAGUUUGAAGCUGUGACUGUCGGGGAAAUGAGAGUGGGCUGGGCCAGGCCGAGCGUCCGUGCAGACACUGAACUUGGUGGGGAUGAGUUGGCAUAUGUCUUCAACGGCUUCAAGGCCCAACGUUGGCACGUGGGGAAUGAACCAUUCGGCCGUCAGUGGCUGUCUGGCGACGUGGUGGGUUGCAUGAUUGACCUCACUGAGAUGAACAUCAUGUUCACACUCAAUGGAGAAAUGUUGAUCAGCGACUCGGGCUCAGAGAUGGCCUUUAAGGAUAUCGAGAUAGGAGAGGGCUUCAUACCCGUGUGCAGUCUGGGCCUGUCUCAGGUUGGCAGGAUCAACUUGGGUCAGAACGUCAGCAGUCUCCGUUUCUUCACCAUCUGCGGCCUGCAGGAGGGAUUUGAACCCUUUGCUAUCAACAUGAAAAGAGACAUUACCAUGUGGUUCAGCAAGAGCCUGCCACAGUUCAUCAAUACACCUACUGAUCAUCCCCACAUUGAGGAGUCCCGUGUUGAUGGGACGGUGGAAACAGCCCCUUGUCUCAAAGUGACCCACAAGACAUUUGGAUCUCAGAACGCCAACACAGAUCUGCUGUUCUUCAGACUCAGCAUGCCAGUUGAGUUCCACGAGACCUUCAAAGUCCCAGCUGGAACCACCCUCCUUACUCGUGCGCUGACUAUUCCUGAGGAUGAGGUGGUGGAGGUGGACCCGGACUCUGACUUUGAAAUCCUCAAAAAGUCAGCUACUCGCAAAGAGCAGGAGGAGGAGAAGAAAGAGCCCUCUGUGCCCAAAGAGAUCCCCGCCAUCAAGAAUGGGGAGAACGAGAAAGAUGCCUCCACUGAGAAGAGCAAGAAGAAAGGGUUCCUCUUCAAGGCUAAAAAAGCUGCAUUGAUAUCUCCACCCCCUGUUGUUCCCACCAUGCCUCGCUUAAUGGAAGAUGUGGUGCCGGAUGACAGGGAUGAUGUCGACAUCAUCCUCAACACCACUACAUACUAUUAUUCUGUGCGAGUGUUCGCGGGGCAGGAGCCCAGUGGUGUGUGGGUGGGCUGGAUCACACCUGACUAUCAUCAGUAUGACCCUCAUUUUGACCUCAGCAAAGUGAGAAAUGUGACCGUCACUGUAGGUGAUGAUAAAGGCAACAUUCAUGACAGUAUAAAGCGCAGUAACUGCUACAUGGUGUGGGGAGGGGAGUUCAGCAGCUCCCAGCAGACCCGGGUCAGUCAGGAGGACUUUAUAAUUGGCUGUCUGAUUGACUUGGACACGGGCCUCAUGACUUUCACUGCAAAUGGGAAAGAGAUCAACACAUUUUACCAGGUGGAGCCCCACACUAAACUGUUCCCAGCUGUCUUUGUCCUUCCUUCCAGUCAGAAUAUGAUUCAGUUUGAGUUAGGCAAGCUCAAGAACAUUAUGCCGAUCUCAACCGCCAUGUUCCGUAGUGAACGCAAGAACCCUGUUCCCCAAUGCCCUCCCAGGCUGGAUGUCCAGAUGUUGACCCCGGUCAUCUGGAGCCGAAUGCCAAACAAUUUCCUGGCUCCAGAGACAGGGCGUGUUAGUGAGCGGCUGGGCUGGAUCGUGCAGUGUCAGGAGCCGCUCACCAUGAUGGCUCUCCACAUCCCCGAGGAGAACAGGUGUAUCGACAUCCUAGAGCUGUCUGAACGCAUGGACCUGCUGAAGUUCCACUACCACACUCUGAAGCUGUACGGCUCAGUGUGUGCUCUGGGAAACAACCGAGUGGCUCACGCUCUGUGCAGCCACGUGGAUGAAUCCCAGCUCUUCUACGCCAUCGAGAACACCUACCUGCCUGGACCAAUGAGGAGCGGAUUCUACGACCUGCUCAUCAGCAUGCACCUGGAGUCUGCCAAGAGGAACCGACUGGGAACCAACAAGGAAUUCAUAGUUCCAAUGACGGACAACACCCGUAGUAUCACUCUGUACUCAGAAAAAUCUCACGCUUUACCUGGAGUCGGCCUCACUACAUGCCUGCGUCCCAAACUCCAUUUCUCCUCAGUUGGUUUUGUGGGAACAGAUCCAGACAUCUACACACUGAGUCCAGUUAUCCCUUUACAGGUGCUAAAGACCAAAGCUUUGAACAUGCUGAUUGAGGCGGUGCAGGAUGGAGGUCAAGCCAUGAGAGAUCCUGUCGGAGGCAGCGUGGAGUUUCAUUUUGUUCCGAUCCUGAAGCUCAUCAGCACCCUCCUCAUCAUGGGUGUGUUUGACGACGAAGACGUCACGCACAUCCUGAAGAUGAUCGAGCCGACGGUCUUCAGUGGCAAGAAAGCAGAGGAGCCUGCUGAGGAGAACGCCAAGAUGAUGGAGGAGAAGAAACCACAGAAAGAAGAAGCGGCUAAGGGAGAGGAUCGGGAAGCAGUUGGCGAGGAAGAUGAAGAGGAAUAUGAAGACGAUGGCUUGGGCGAAGAGGAGGAGGAAGAAGAAAUUGAGGAAGAGGAAGAACUUGAGCAGACAGAAUCUAUUGUGCCACAUGAAGAAACAAUGGUUGAGACAGAGCCGGUAAACGGUGAGAAAGGAGCAGAGGAAACGGAGAAAGAGAUUAAAGAGGAGAGUAAAGAAGAAGAACUAGAGCAAGGGCUUUUCCAGAUGAAGCUCCCAGAGUCUGUCAAAUUACAGAUGUGUACACUACUGCAGUAUUUCUGUGACUGUGAGCUACGUCAUAGAGUUGAGGCCAUCACUGCCUUUUCAGACCAAUUCGUCAGCCAGAUACAGUUCAACCAGAGGCAUCGAUAUAACGAACUCAUGCUGGCCUUCACCAUGAGUGCAGCCGAGACUGCUCGCAAGACUCGAGAAUUUCGUUCUCCACCACAAGAGCAGGUCAACAUGCUCAUGAACUUCAAGAACUGCGCUGAAGAUGAAGAUUGCCCUGUUCCCGAUGAGGUCCGCGAAGCUCUGCUGAUUUUCCACAAUGCUCUGUUGGCACACUGCGGUGUUCAUAUAGAAGAAGAAGAACAAGAGGCCGAAGUCGAUAAUUCAGUUCGUGGACGACUGCUCCGAUUGUUGGAGAAGGUCAAAACAUUCCGGGAGAAGAAGGUAGAGGUGGAGCCUGAGCCGCAGGAGGAUAAAAAACCAAGCACCUUGCAGGAGCUGAUUUCUCACACUAUGAUCCAUUGGGCCCAGGAGUCAUUUAUCCAAAACCCUGAGCUCGUGCGUAUGAUGUUUAGCCUCCUUCACAGGCAGUAUGAUGGGCUCGGUGAGCUCAUGCGUGCCCUCCCCAAAGCCUACACCAUCAACCAAGUGUCAAUCAACGACACCAUGGACCUGCUCGAGUGCUUGGGCCAGAUCCGCUCACUCCUCAUUGUUCAGAUGGGCCCAGAAGAAGAGAGGCUUAUGAUUCAAAGCAUCGGGAACAUCAUGAGUAACAAAGUCUUCUAUCAGCACCCUAACUUGAUGCGAGCUCUGGGCAUGCAUGAAACUGUCAUGGAGGUCAUGGUUAAUGUGCUGGGCGGUGGGGACUCAAAGGAGAUCAGAUUCCCUCGAGUGGUGACAAACUGUUGCCGUUUCCUCUGCUAUUUCUGUCGCAUCAGUCGCCAAAACCAGCGUUCCAUGUUUGACCACCUCAGUUACCUUCUCCAGAACAGUGGCAUCGGCCUCGGAAUGCGGGGCUCCACUCCAUUGGAUGUGGCUGCAGCCUCAUGCAUCGACAACAACGAGCUGGCAUUGGCCCUCCAAGAGCAGGACCUGGAAAUGGUAGUGAAAUAUUUGGCUGGAUGUGGACUUCAGAGCUGCCCAAUGCUGCUGGCCAAAGGCUACCCUGACAUUGGCUGGAAUCCUUGCGGUGGAGAGAAAUACCUUGACUUUCUUCGUUUUGCUGUAUUUGUCAAUGGAGAGAGCGUAGAAGAGAAUGCCAACGUGGUGGUACGUCUUCUCAUCCGCAGGCCUGAGUGCUUCGGUCCAGCUCUGAGAGGGGAGGGUGGUAAUGGUCUACUGGCUGCAAUAGAGGAGGCCAUCAAAAUAUCAGAGGACCCUGCAAGGGAUGGCCCCAGUGUUAAGAAAGACAGGCGCUUUCCCAUGUUUGGUGGAGAAGAGCAGCAUGAAGAAAACAGGGUGCAUCUGGGAAAUGCCAUCAUGUCCUUUUACUCUGCCCUGAUUGAUUUGCUGGGACGCUGUGCUCCAGAGAUGCACUUGAUCCAGGCUGGUAAGGGUGAAGCUCUGAGGAUCAGGGCCAUCCUGAGGUCACUGGUCCCUCUUGAGGAUCUGGUAGGAGUCAUCAGCCUUCCUGUUCAGAUUCCUUCCUUUGGCAAAGACAACAGCAUCAUAGAACCAAAGAUGUCGGCUAGUUUUGUACCCGAUCACAAGGCUCCCAUGGUUCUGUUCCUGGACAGAGUGUAUGGCAUUGACAACCAGGAUUUCCUUCUGCAUGUGCUGGAGGUGGGCUUUCUGCCUGACAUGAGGGCUGCUGCCUCUCUAGACACGGCUGCGUUCUGUACCACAGAGAUGGCCCUCGCUUUGAACCGCUACCUGUGUUCUGCUGUGUUGCCGCUCAUCACAAAGUGUGCGCCACUCUUUGCUGGCAGUGACCACAGAGCCAUUAUGAUCGACUCCAUGUUGCACACAAUCUACCGGCUGUCUCGUGGACGCGCCUUCACAAAAGCUCAAAGAGACAUCAUUGAAGAGUGCCUCAUGGCUUUGUGCAAACAUCUACGUCCCUCCAUGCUUCAACAUCUGCUAAGAAGACUGGUGUUUGAUGUGCCCAUUCUCAAUGAGUAUGCAAAGAUGCCGCUGAAGCUUUUGACAAAUCAUUAUGAGCGGUGUUGGAAGUAUUAUUGCCUCCCUAAUGGCUGGGGCAACUUCGGGGUAUCAUCAGAGGAGGAGCUGCAUCUGACCCGCAAACUGUUUUGGGGGAUCUUUGAAUCAUUAGCACACAAGAAAUUUGAUGCUGAGAUUUUCAAAAUUUCAAUGCCAUGCAUCUGCGCCAUUGCCGGGGCCAUUCCUCCUGACUAUGUCGACGCCAGCUACUCCUCAAAAACCGAGAAAAAGGCGUCGGUCGACGCAGAAGGAAACUUUGAUCCUAAACCAGUGGAGACCACAAACACUAUCAUCCCUGAGAGGCUGGAUCCUUUCAUCAACAAAUAUGCUGAAUACACACACGAUAAAUGGGCCUUUGAAAAGAUCCAGAAUAACUGGUCGUAUGGCGAGGUGCUGGAUGAAAAUGGGAAAACUCAUCCCAUGCUCAGACCAUACAAAACCUUCUCAGAAAAGGACAAGGAGAUCUACCGUUGGCCAAUCAAAGAGUCAGUCAAAGCCAUGCUUGCAUGGGAGUGGACCAUAGAUAAAGCUAGAGAGGAAGAAGAGUCAGAGAAGAAGAAGACUGCAGCACGGAAAAUCUCACAGACUGCUCAGGCCACCUAUGACCCAAGCCAUGGCUACAGUCCACAACCCAUUGAGAUUACACACAUGGCUCUUUCAAGAGACCUGCAGUCUAUGGCAGAACAACUGGCAGAAAACUACCAUAACACCUGGGGACGGAAGAAAAAGUUAGAGCUGCAGUCCAAGGGAGGUGGAACACAUCCUCUGCUGGUGCCCUACGACACCCUGACGGCAAAAGAAAAGGCCCGAGACAGAGAGAAGGCUCAUGAGCUGCUCAAGUUCCUGCAGCUUAAUGGAUACGCUGUCACGCGGGGCCUGAAGGACAUGGAGUCUGACAUCUCAUCCAUUGAGAAGAGGUUUGCGUAUGGAUUCCUGCAGAAGCUGUUGAAAUGGAUGGAAAUCGCCCAGGAGUUCAUCGCUCAUCUUGAGGCUGUGGUUAGCAGUGGACGAGUGGAAAAGUCUCCUCAUGAGCAAGAAAUCAAAUUCUUUGCUAAGAUCCUGAUGCCUCUGAUCAACCAGUAUUUCAAAAACCACUGCCUCUACUUUUUGUCAACGCCCGCAAAAGUUCUGGGCAGUGGCGGCCAUUCGUCAAAUAAGGAGAAGGAGAUGAUUGCGAGUAUCUUCUGUAAAAUGUCCGCUCUGGUGAGACACAGAGUUUCUCUCUUUGGAACGGACGCUCAAGCAAUCGUCAACUGUCUUCACAUUCUGGCACGAUCAUUGGAUGCAAGGACAGUGAUGAAGUCGGGCCCGGAGAUCGUGAAAGCAGGUCUUCGGUCAUUCUUUGAAAGUGCUGCUGAUGAUAUAGAGAAGAUGGUAGAGAACCUCAAACUGGGAAAAGUGUCCAAAGGCAAUCAGCAAGUGAAAGGAGUGUCCCAGAACAUUAACUACACAACCAUCGCCCUGCUCCCAGUGCUCACCUCUCUGUUUGAUCACGUCGCUCAGCACCAGUUUGGAGAUGAUGUCAUGUUGGACGAUCUGCAGAUGUCAUGCUACCGCAUCAUGUGCAGCAUCUAUUCCUUAGGGACUGUCAAGAAUCCACAUGUAGAGAGGCAGAGGCCGGCUCUUGGAGAGUGCUUGGCUCAUCUUGCUGCAGCUAUGCCAGUGGCUUACUUAGAGCCCCAUCUAAAUGAAUACAACGCUUUUUCUGUGUACACUACAAAGACCCCCAGGGAGAGAGCCAUCUUGGGCCUUCCCAAUGAGGUCCAGGAGUUAUGUCCAGACAUCCCAGAGCUGGAUGUUCUCCUGAAGGAGAUCGGGGACUUGGCAGAGUCCGGCGCUCGUUAUACUGAAAUGCCUCAUGUGAUUGAAAUCACUCUCCCCAUGCUGUGUAACUACCUGCCUCGCUGGUGGGAGAGAGGGUCUGAGAACUUCCCUGAAUUGGAGAACCAGAUCUGCACCGAUGUGACGUCAGAACACCUGAAUCAGAUGCUCGGCAGCAUCAUGAAAAUCGUAGUAAACAACUUGGGUAUUGAUGAGGCUUCUUGGAUGAAGAGGUUGGCUGUGUUUUCACAGCCCAUUGUCAGCAGAGCAAAGCCAGAAAUGCUCAAGUCCCACUUCAUCCCAACAAUGGAGAAGCUGAAGAAACGCACUUCAAAGGUGGUGGCUGAAGAGGACCAUCUGCGGAUGGAGGGGAAAUCGGAGGGAGAUGAAGAAGACGGUACUAUACGGGAUGAGUUUGCUGUCCUCUGCAGAGACUUGUAUGCCCUCUACCCUCUGCUUAUUCGCUAUGUGGACAACAACAGGGCAAGAUGGCUGACAUGCCCAGACCCAGAUGCUGAGGAGCUCUUCCGAAUGGUUGGGGAGGUCUUUAUUUUCUGGUCCAAGUCUCAUAACUUCAAGCGAGAGGAGCAGAACUUUGUGGUGAUGAAUGAGAUCAAUAACAUGUCAUUCCUCACCGCUGAUAGCAAGAGCAAAAUGAGCAAGGGCGGGGACUCAGAGGGUGGAGGGUCGGAUGCCGAACGUACCAAGAAGAAGAAACGGGGAGAUCGUUACUCUGUGCAGACUUCACUUAUUGUGGCUGCCUUAAAAAAGAUGCUCCCCAUAGGCCUGAACAUGUGCUCUCCCGCUGAUCAGGAGCUCAUCAACUUGGCCAAAAUCCGAUACUCUUUGAGAGACACUGAUGAAGAAGUAAGGGAGUUCUUGCAGAACAACCUUCAUCUUCAGGGCAAGGUGGACAACCCCUCCAUGCGCUGGCAGAUGGCUCUAUACAAAGAGAUGGCGGGGAAGGCUGAAGAUGCCGAUGCCCCUGAAAAAGUUGUCAAGAGAGUUCAGGAGGUGUCUGCUGUCCUCUAUCACCUUGAAGUGACGGAGCAUCCUUUCAAAUCAAAGAAGAUGGUUUGGCACAAACUGCUGUCGAAGCAGAGACGCAGGGCUGUGGUCGCUUGCUUUAGGAUGACACCACUAUACAACAUUCCUAGGCACAGAGCUUCAAACAUGUUCCUUGAAGGCUACAAACGCAACUGGCUUCACACCGAGGGUUACUCUUUUGAAGACAGGAUGAUAGAUGACUUAUCUAAAGCGAUGGAGCAAGAGGAAGGAGACGAAGAGGAGGAGAAGGAGUCAAAGCCGGAUCCCCUUCACCAGCUCAUUCUGCAUUUCAGUCGGACCGCUCUGACAGAAAAGAGUAAACUUGAUACAGAUCAUCUUUAUAUGGCAUAUGCCGACAUUAUGGCAAAGAGUUGCCAUAUGUGUGAAGAAGAGGAAGGGGGAGAGGAAAUGGGGGAAAAUGCUGAGGAUGAGAUGUCCUUUGAGGAAAAAGAAAUGGAGAAGCAAAGGCUGCUGUACCAGCAGGCCAGGCUGCAUAAUCGUGGUGCUGCAGAGAUGGUCCUGCAAAUGAUCAGUGCCUGCAAAGGUGAGACUGGCACAAUGGUGACCACAACCCUCAAACUGGGUAUCUCCAUCCUGAAUGGAGGAAACAAUGAGGUUCAACAGAAAAUGCUGGAGUACUUAAGGGAUAAGAAGGAUGUAGGUUUCUUCCUGAGUGUCCAGGCGUUGAUGCAGACAUGCAGCGUCCUGGAUCUGAAUGCCUUUGAGAGGCAGAACAAGGCAGAGGGGCUGGGCAUGGUUUCAGAGGAGGGCACCAAUGAGAAAGUGAUGGCAGACGACGAGUUCACCUGCGACCUCUUCCGAUUCUUGCAGCUGCUUUGUGAGGGUCACAAUAACGAUUUUCAGAACUACCUGCGGACACAGACCGGCAGCACAACAACCAUCAACAUCAUCAUCUGUACCGUCGAUUACCUCCUCCGACUUCAGGAGUCCAUCAGCGAUUUCUACUGGUAUUACUCCGGCAAGGACGUCAUUGAUGAGCCAGGCAAAAAGAAUUUCUCUAAAGCUAUGACAGUGGCCAAACAGAUUUUCAACAGUCUGACUGAAUAUAUUCAGGGCCCCUGCACUGGUAACCAGCAGUCCCUGGCUCACAGCAGGCUGUGGGAUGCUAUUGUUGGCUUCCUUCAUGUCUUUGCCCACAUGAUGAUGAAGCUUGCGCAGGACUCCAGCCAGAUCGGGCUGCUGAAGGAGCUUCUGGACCUGCAGAAAGACAUGGUGGUGAUGUUGCUGUCACUAUUAGAGGGAAAUGUGGUAAAUGGAACAAUUGCCCGACAGAUGGUUGACAUGUUGGUAGAAUCCUCCAGCAACGUGGAGAUGAUCCUCAAGUUCUUUGACAUGUUCCUCAAACUGAAAGACAUCGUGGCGUCGGACGCUUUCCGUGAUUACGUCACAGACCCUCGAGGGCUGAUCUCCAAGAAGGACUUCCAGAAGGCCAUGGACAGUCAGAAACAGUACUCCCCUUCUGAGAUCCAGUUUCUUUUGUCCUGCUCAGAAGCAGAUGAGAAUGACAUGAUCCACUAUGAGGAGUACGCCAACCGCUUCCAGGAACCUGCCAAGGACAUCGGGUUCAACAUCGCCGUGCUGUUAACCAACCUGUCCGAGCACGUUCCCCAUGACACCAGGCUGAAGAACUUCCUGGAACAAGCGGAGAGCGUGCUCAACUACUUCCGCCCCUUCCUUGGCCGUAUUGAAAUAAUGGGCGCCAGCAGAAAGAUCGAGCGUAUCUACUUUGAAAUCAGUGAAGUAAACCGCAAGCAGUGGGAGAUGCCGCAGGUCAGAGAGUCCAAACGACAGUUCAUCUUCGACGUGGUCAAUGAGGGCGGGGAGUCCGAGAAGAUGGAAAUGUUUGUCAACUUCUGCGAAGACACCAUCUUUGAGAUGAAUAUAGCCUCACAAAUCUCAGAGCAGGAGGAAGAGGAGAAGGGGGAAGAAGACGACGAAGGAGAUGAAGGUGGAGGUGAGGGAGGACAGGGUGCGGGGGCGAACGGAGGAGGUGACGAGGACAGUAACGGAGAGGAAGGGCAGCCUGAGUCCAGCUCUGCCUUUGCAGACUUCAUCAACAGCAUGUUGGGCUUCCUCAGUAUUUUCACCUUCAGAAACCUUCGCAGACAAUAUCGCCGAGUGAGAAAGAUGACCAUCAAAGAGAUUGUCGUGGCUUUGUCCACAUUUUUCUGGACAAUCUUGAUGAGUAUAUUACACUUUAUUUACAACGUGUGCAAAGGCUUCUUCAUGAUCGUCUGGCAAACUCUGUUCGGAGGCGGCUUGGUGGAGGGGGCGAAAAACAUCACCGUGACUGAGAUUCUAGCGAGCAUGCCGGAUCCAACGCAGGACGACGUGCAUGGAGAUGGACCUGGGGAGCCGAGGACAGGGGAAGAACAAGACACUGGAGGUGUAACGGACUCUGGGGAGACUGGGAGUGGGGAGGAGGAAGAGGAGGACACACAGGAGAAAGAGGGUGGGAGAGUUGCAGGUGUUGAUGCUCCAGGUGGACUUGGAGACAUGGGUGUGGAGUCACCUGUCGAACCGCCAACUCCCGAAGGAACGCCAAUAACAAAAAGGAAAAUGCCUCAAGAAGAGCCUGAGGCGAGCCAGAAACCACCUGAACCUGUUCCUGUAGUGGAACCUCCCCCUGAACCCGAAAAGGCUGAGGUUGAAACUGGAGAGAAAGCCGAAAAAGACUCCCCAAGCAAGGAGGAAGAACAGCGAGUAGAGCGCAAGAUAUCUGCGAAAAAGGAGAAGAAGCCGAAAAGGGAAGGAGGUUUUCAGAUCUGGACUGAGCUGGAAACCCAAAGAAAUAAAUUCAUGAACUACCUCUCUAGAAACUUUUACAACCUGCGCUUUUUGGCUCUGUUCCUCGCAUUUGCCCUGAACUUCAUUCUGCUGUUCUACAAGGUGUCUGACACGCCCCCUGAGGGUGAAGAGAUGGAGGGGUCAGGGUUUGCAGAGGGGAGCGGUAUGUUUGAAGGCUCUGGGCUGUUUGAAGGCUCGGCUGAAGAAGCCGAGGGAUCUGGAAUGAGUGACGGAGGAGAUGAGGACGAGGAAGAUGUUCCGCUUUAUUUCUAUUUAGAGGAGAGCACUGGCUACAUGCAGCCAACACUGGCCUUUAUUGCUGCCCUGCACACAGUCAUUUCAUUCAUCUGUAUCAUUGGCUACAACUGUCUCAAGAUUCCACUGGUUAUCUUUAAACGGGAGAAAGAACUUGCAAGAAAGUUGGAGUUUGACGGCCUCUACAUCACCGAGCAGCCUGAGGAUGAUGACAUAAAGGGCCAGUGGGACAGACUGGUUCUGAAUACACCCUCCUUCCCAAACAACUAUUGGGAUAAGUUUGUCAAACGAAAGGUCCUGGAUAAGUACGGAGACAUCUAUGGCAGAGAAAGAAUCGCUGAACUUCUGGGUGUGGAUUUAGCCUCCCUGGAUGUGAGCCAACAGCAUGAGAAGAAACAGGAGGAACCAGACAGCUCCAUGUUUUCAUGGGUGACGUCCAUUGACAUCAAGUACCAGAUCUGGAAGUUUGGCGUCAUUUUCACAGACGGUACCUUCCUUUAUCUGUGUUGGUACCUGAUCAUGUCCCUGCUCGGACACUACAACAACUUCUUCUACGCCUGUCACUUGCUGGACAUCGCCAUGGGUGUCAAGACUCUUCGCACUAUCCUGUCCUCAGUCACACACAACGGCAAACAGCUCAUGAUGACGGUGGGCUUGUUGGCGGUGGUGGUGUACCUUUACACGGUGGUCGCGUUCAAUUUCUUCCGCAAGUUUUACAACAAGAGCGAGGAUGAAGAUGAACCCGAUAUGAAAUGUGAUGACAUGAUGACUUGCUAUCUGUUCCACAUGUACGUCGGUGUGCGUGCUGGUGGAGGCAUUGGAGAUGAAAUCGAGGAUCCCGCUGGAGAUGAAUACGAGCUUUAUCGAGUGGUCUUUGACAUUACCUUCUUCUUCUUUGUCAUCGUUAUUCUUCUGGCCAUCAUUCAGGGUCUGAUCAUUGAUGCCUUUGGAGAACUCCGAGACCAACAGGAGCAGGUCAAGGAAGACAUGGAGACGAAAUGCUUCAUAUGUGGGAUUGGAAGCGACUACUUUGAUACGACGCCACACGGCUUUGAGACGCACACGUUUGAUGAACACAACCUGGCCAAUUACAUGUUCUUUUUAAUGUACCUCAUCAACAAAGAUGAAACGGAGCACACUGGACAGGAGUCCUAUGUGUGGAAAAUGUACCAGGAGCGUGCGUGGGACUUUUUCCCCGCUGGAGACUGUUUUAGAAAGCAAUAUGAGGAUCAGCUAUCAUAACCAGACACGCACUUGACACAUACGAGGGAAAAAUAACAGCAAUUGUUCUGUGUCUGUGCUCAUCAUUCCAGACAUAUCACACAGGAAAUGAUUGGGUCCUGGGGAAUGAAAAAUGUCUCAAAUAAUCUACAUGUAAC